AUCAUGGAAGACCUGAACGAUCGGUCCUCCGCCGGGUAAUCAAUGCCGGGAUAUUGGAGGACCGGUCCGAGAGCACGUCCUCGUUAUACAUGCACGGAAUAGGUGGCUGAUCUUAAAAUUUUAAUCUUCUGAUGUUUUGGAAACUUUUCCUCUGGGGGAAACUGACGCAGAGUUAGGACCCCCGGAAAAAAAAGGUUUUUCUUGAACAUCCUACACUAUGACGACAGAAACUCUGCAGCAGGAUGACCUGGGGGCAAUCGCAAAGCUCCGUGUCAAAAAUUUUCUUCAGCAUUUCCAGAUGAUCAAGCAAGGUGCUGAAUCCAAAAUCUACAAGGGAAGUUUCCUUGGAAAGCCAACUGUUGUGAAGGAACGGUUCCCCAAAUCUUACCGUCACUCUGCUCUGGACAAGAAACUCACACAUCGCAGGACUGCUCAAGAAGUACGAUCUAUCCUCAGGUGCCGGAAAGCUGGUAUUGCAACCCCUGUGGUAUAUUUUGUGGACUACAAUUCAAGUUGCAUCUACCUCGAAGAUUUAGUGGGAGCUUUUACUGUCCGUGACUAUAUCACUUCAGUUCAGAAGUCUCAGCAGGAUACAGAAAAGCUGUUUCCCUUGGCUGAAAGAAUUGGGCAUAUCCUCGCAAAAAUGCACGAUGAAGAUGUCAUUCACGGGGACCUCACUACCUCAAACAUGAUGAUACACCAGCCUGAGGAAGAGUUGAAAUUGGUACUAAUCGAUUUUGGCUUGAGUUUUAUCUCUGCUCUGCCUGAGGAUAAAGGUGUCGACCUUUAUGUCCUGGAGAAAGCUUUUCUGAGCAGCCACCCCAACACAGAAAGUGUUUUCAAAGUCUUCCUGAAGAGCUACACAAACACAUCAAGAAAAUCGGCUCCUGUCAUAAAAAAGCUUGAUGAAGUUAGACAGAGAGGAAGGAAGAGGUCAAUGGUUGGAUAAUGAAAAUCAAAGUAAAUUUAUUAUCAGCGUACAUAUGCAUCACCAUAUACAUUUUCUUGCGGGUAUACACAGUAAAUCCAAGAAACACAAUAGAAUCAAUGAAAGACAGCACUCAAAAGAACAGACAACAACCAGUGUACAACAGACAACAAACUGUGCACAAUACAAAAGAAAAAAAAUAAAAGCAAUAAAAAAACGAGAACAUGAAAUGAAGAGUCCUUCAAAGUGAGUCCAUAGACUGUGGGAAGAGUUCAGUAAUGGGGCAAGUGAGGUUAUCCCUUCUAGUUCAACAGCCUGAUGGUUGAAAGGUAAUAACUGUUCCUGAACCUGGUGGUGUGGGUCCUGAGGUUCCUGUACCACCUUCCUCAUGGCAGCAAAGAGAAGGGAGCAUAACCUGGGUGGUGGGGACCCUUGAUGGAUGCGGCUUUCCUGUGACAACGCUCCAUCUAGAUGUGCUCAAUGGUGGAGAGAGCUUUUCAUGCGAUGGACUGCACCAUAUCCACGCUAUUUGUAGGAUUUUCUGUUCAAGGGCAUUGGUGUUUUCAAACCAGGCCUUGAUGCAGCCAGUCAGUAUACUUUCCACCACAUAUCUAUAGAAGUUUGUCAAGGUUUUAGAUGUCAUGUCAAACCUUGGCAAACUUCUAAGAAAGUAGAUGCACUGUUGUGCUUUCUUCGUAAUUGUACUUGUGUGCUAGGCCCAGGACAGAUCCUCUGAAAUGACAGCAAGGACCGUCUCUACCUCUGAUCCCCCAAUGAGGACUGGCUCCUGGACCUCCGGUCUCCUCCUCCUGAAGUUAAUAAUCAGCUCCUUUCUCUUGCUGACAUUGAGUGAGAUUGUUGUGUGGUGCCACUCUGCCAGAUUUUCAAUUUCCUUCCUAGAAGCUGAUUCACCACCACCUUUGAUUCGGCUAACGAUGGUUGCAUCGUCUAAAAACUUAAAUAUGGCAUUGGAGCUGUGCUAAGCCUCACAGUUAUAAGUAUAAAGCAGGUAGAGCAGGGGUUAAGCACACAGCCUUGUGGUGCACCUGUUUAAUCGAAACAUUUUAUUUUCCUGUUCUUUAAUUUUAAAAAUCUGUCAAAAUCUUUUAUACAAUAAAUUUACAUAAAGGUAGUUCUCUUACUGUGUUUAAAAUUGUUAAUAAAUGAUUUAAUGCUACCUAAGUUUUGUUUUAUUUUUCUCCCUCCGCUCCAUUCACCACAAAUUUUAGAACAGAGAACAGUGCAGCAGUACAGGCCCUUCAGCCCAUAAUGUCCCAACCCUUUAACCUACUCUCAAGAUCAAUCUAAUGCUUCCCUCCCACGUACCCCUCUGUUCUGCUUUCAUCCAUGUGCCUAUCUCACACACAUGCAUAAUUACCUCUGACAUCCCUCUUGUACUUUCCUCUAAAUGCCUUCAUUAUCUCCCACCUUGUCAUAUUCACUCUGAGUAAAAGUCUCUGGCUGUCCUCGAUCAUCUUCACCUCUAUCAGGCCACCUCUCAUCCUCCUCUCCAAAUGGAAAAGCCCUAGCUCACUCAAUUCAAUCUUUCUUCAUAAGGCAUGCUUUCUGAUCCAAGGAGCAUCCUCUUUGCUACUUUAUUGAAGAGGAUUCAAAAGAAUCAUUUAAAAAUAGGCACAUACAAGUAAAUUUAGUUAUGCUUUGUACUCAUUUUCAGGAGGGAAAAAAUGCUUGAAAAUUUCACAGUCUAACCCACAAUUUGAAUCCACAGUAUUUACCAUUUACCUUGAUAAUCAUAAUAGGAGAAAUGUUAUGAAUGAUAAUCAGAAUUGGGCUUAAUAUCACCGUCAUAUGUCGUGAAAUUUGUCGUCUUUAUGGUAGCAACACAAUGCAAUACAUAAUAAUACAGAAAAAAUCUAUUAGAGUAAGAAUAUGUAUAUUAUUAUUAAAUAGUUAAGUAAGUAGGGCAAAAAUAAUAAUAAAAAAAUGUAGUGAGUUAUUAGGUACACCUGAACGCGUCGUUAAUGCAUGGUCUCAACGUCCAUUCAGAAAUCAAAUGGCAGCGGGGAAGAAGCUGUUCCUGAAUCAUUGAGUGUGUAUCUUCAGGCUCCUGUGUCUCCUCCCUGAUGGUAGCAAUGAAAAUCUCUAUUUGGAAGCAAUUAUCCAUUAAACUGAAUUUCCUUCACUGAGUUCUGGAGUAAGCUGAACUAAACUCAAGCAAUGGCAAAUUUAAAUCCAUACUAUCUGCAAGAACAUUUAACUCUUACAACAGAUACAGAGCUUGUCUAUGUUAGUGUUUAUUGCCUAAUUUGUCCUUGAAGCAAGUGGCCAUUUUGGAGGGCAGUUGAAAAUAAGAAAUAAAAGCUGUUCACUACUUGUAUCUGCUCCACCAUAAAGU